AUGGCUUAUGGCCCAGCCCCUUUACGAGCACUCAAUCAAUCUCUGCUCCGCCACCAGGCGUCGCAAGUGUGUUUGAGCUUCGGCGAGAAUUCUAGGCGGACCCGGCACCUGGGCCUACGUGGCGUAGCGCCUUCGGCGUCAGGAUCCAGGUGUCAGGACUCCAACCCAACCCAACGACCAUCGAGAGAGAUUAAGGCCGUGGUUGAAACCGAACUGUGCCCCAAAGGGAUGUCCGGCCGACCAGGCGCUCGACCAUCAUGA